UCCUAAGCAGAACUACACGACCAGAUACAAGCCCUAGACAAGCUAUUUCCUCGCAUACUGCAGUCGACCUUGACCGAUACUCUGGCGGAAGCCACAGAGCGCGUUGCUGGUUGCGCAAUAUCCACUGACCCUGCACUAGAACGUAGGAGGACUGCGGCUGCGGUCUUGAGAGCGAUGUGACAACAGGGGUUUGAGGCAAAGGAAUAUCACCUUGGUUCGCAUGAAGUACCUGGCCAUCUGACGAGAACUCGAUAUAAGUAAUGUACCUAGAAGGACUUUCGAGUCUGCUGCGACACGUCCCUGUCGCUGCCUCCCACAGCCGCACUGUGUUGUCUUCGGAUGCCGACGCGACCAGCUGCCCAUCUGGUGAGAAGGCCACCGCCCAGACAUCGUUAGAAUGGCCCUUAAGCGUGCUGCGACACGCCCCCGUCGCUGCCUCCCACAGCCGCAAUGUCUUGUCGCUAGAUGCCGACGCGACCAGCUGCCCGUCUGGCGAGAAGGCCACCGCUGUGACUCGGGAGGAAUGGCCCUCGAGCGUGCUGUGACACGUCCCUGUCGCCGCCUCCCACAGCCGCACUGUGUUGUCGUAAGAUGCCGACGCGACCAGCUGCCCGUCUGGCGAGAAGGCCACCGCUGUGACUCGGGAGGAAUGGCCCUCGAGCGUGCUGCGACACGUCCCUGUCGCCGCCUCCCAUACCCGUACUGUCUUGUCCCAAGAUGCCGAUGCGACUAGCUGCCCGUCUGGCGAGAAGGCCACCGCUGUGACUUGGGAGGAAUGGCCCUCGAGCGUGCUGCGACACGUCCCCGUCGCUGCCUCCCACAGCCGUACUGUGUUGUCGUCAGAUGCCGACGCGACCAGCUGCCCAUCUGGCGAGAAGGCCACCGCCCUGACAUCCUUAGAAUGGCCCUCAAGCGUGAUGCGACACGUCCCCGUCGCCGUCUCCCAUAGCUGCACUGUCUUGUCGCUAGAUGCCGACGCGACCAGCUGCCCGUCUGGCGAGAAGGCCACCGCGCUGACACCCCACAAAUGGCCCUUGAGCGUGCUGCGACACGUCCCUGUCGCCACCUCCCACAGUCGUACUGUGCUGUCGUGAGAUGCCGACGCGACCAGCUGCCCGUCUGGCGAGAAGGCCACCGCUGUGACUCGGGAGGAAUGGCCCUCGAGCGUGCUGCGACACGCGUCCCAGUCUGCUUCUUUCAUAGAUAUUAU